UGAUCAUACACCCGCCCGCUGGGUGGGUGGCUCAUCCCUAAGGACAUGAAAGCUCUUCGUCUGGGAGCCUCCAGACCUCAUCCUGUGCGUCUCUUCAUUUGGCUGGGCCGGGUUUAAAAGCUGCUCUCACUCCAUUUGCAGACUUCACAAGAAUUCUCUCAGCCUGCUUGUGCCAUCACUCAAUAUGAAUCACCUGGGACCUUUCAAAAACUCCAAAGUCACAGCCACAUGCCAGACCAGGGAAAUCACGCUCUCUGGAGUUGGGCAGAGUAGGAUGCAGGAAGUCCAGGAGCCACUCUCAGGGAACAAGCUUCAAGUUCAACAGGGCACGCCAGCUCUCUCCCCGGCAGAGAAAGGACCAGCAAGAGGACCAGGAAGGAGAGGGAGGUCUGUGUUUUAUGCAAGGGGAUGGAGAGACAUGCAUGCAGUGAGGCCAGCCUGGGUGAGGGGAGGGGCUGCUGCCCAGUGGGAGGCCUGGCCUCUGGCUCCCACCCCAGGGGUCGUAGAAACAGCUGGUGGCAGCAGCACAGGCCGAGGGAGGCGGCAGGGGCUGUCUGGGCUGGCCAAGCUACAGAGGGGCUUCCUGGAGUGUCCAGCCACAGGUACCUUGGAGCAGCCCUGGGCUGAGAAAUCUGAAAACCCCUCCCUUCCUGGGCUGUGGGCCGGGUUGUUAGAACACUUUCAGUUUUGUUUCUCUGCCCGCAAGAACCGAAACUCCUCGAAACAGAAAGACUCCGCAGACCAGAACAUGGAGGGAAACUUCCAGGCGUGCAGGAACUGCAAAAGAAGCGGGGCCCCUGGCCACUUGGCCCUCCAUGGGGCCCACUCUCUGCUCUUCAAGGUCCUCUGUCCGGAGUGCAAGGAACCCGUCCUACAGGAUACGAUGGAAGAGCACGGCGGGGGCAGGCACCAGCAGGCAAAUGGGUCCAGCCAAGGCAAGGGAGUCCCUGUUUCAGGAAAGGUGGGGUGCGCAGCGUGUCAGCAGAGCCUGCCGAAGCACUUGCUGGAGAUUCAAGAGGCCAAGGAAUGCCAGGAGCGCCCCGUUGAGUGCCAGUUCUGUGAGCUGGCCGUGCGCCUCAACAAGGUGGACAUCCACGAGCACCCCUGCGGCAGGCGGACGGAGGUCUGCCCAGACUGCGGCCAGCGCAUCGUGCUCCACAUGCUGGCCCGGCACAGAGACGAGUGCUGCGGUGAGCAGACCCGGCUCCAGAAAGGGAAGAGAAUUCCAGCUCCUGAAAGCAACAUCUGCUGUCAUUAUUGCAACCAAAUGAUCCCAGGAAAUAAGUAUUUCCACCACGUGGACAGAUGCCGUCCAAUCUCAGACUCUGUGACAUAUUCUCCAGUUGGGAAACCAGAUAUUCCUCCUUCAUCCCUUUCAAGUCAGGCUGCUGAAGAUCAAACUUCCACAGCAGAGAAAGACGUCCGUCCAAAGACGAAAAAUACAAGCAGAUUUCGCCUUCUUUCUGAAAAGUCAACGCGGCAAGCACCAAGAGGCACAAACAAAACCACGGAUCUGCCUUUGAAGUCUGAUGGCAAGCUCAGGGCCUCCUCUCCUGUAGAAGACGAGACAGCCUAUGACAUUCUGAGGAGGUGUUCUCAGUGUGGCAUCGUACUUCCCCUGCCAACCCUAACCCAACAUCAGGAGAAAUGCUGGUGGUUAGCUUCAUCAAAAGGAAAACAAGCGAGAAGCUCCAGCUAGCUUUGGAAAAGAAAAG